AUGUGGAAGAGUAGUAAUAGCCAUGCAAAUGAGGAUGAUAACGAGAAUGCAGCUUUUGGAUUUCUGGAUAUUGUCUUCAAAUGGACUCUCAAGGAUGUUCUCAACGAAAAUCUCUACAGGAAACAGGUGAAGAAAAUUCCUUACACAUUUGAUUCACCAGCUGAUUAUAAGAAAUCCUUCAUUUUACCAUUACUGGAAGAAACGCACUCCGACUUGUACUCAAGUUUGCAAGGAGUGUCUCAAGCUCCUUUCUGCGAAGUCUCGAAAGUUGAAAGAGAUGGUAAACAAUUCAAACUUCCAAAUGCAUUAUUCUAUCAGAUAUCUUUGAAGACUACACCAGAUAAUAAUGGAAAAUACGAUCCUGAACCCGGAGAUCUCAUUGCUUUUACUGAUGUUAAGCCUAAAAGAGUAAGUGACUUGAACACACAGCGAUGUGCUUACAAUGUUGCUUAUGUUGUUGCCCCGAAAGACGAAUUUUCUGGUGAAGUCUCAGUACUGUCAUCCAAACCCAUGCUUGAGUUUGGCUUCAGGAAAAAUGAUAACAAGAAGCUGUAUGCUGUUAAUCUAAUGAACAUGACGACGAACAUUCGUAUUUGGAAAGGUUUGAAUUCACAAUCUGAGGGCGAACAUCUAGAUAUUAUUAAAAAAGUGUUGCAGCCUUGUCUCAAUAGUGGAGAAAACUGCAAAAUUUGCGGUCAAUCUCUUUUCAUUAAAGACAAGAUAAUUUCUUCUCAGAAUCUCAAUGAAUCACAAGAAGAGGUUGUUUCAAGCUGUGUUAGUAUGAUAAACUGUUGUCAUGCUAAUACAAAACUUAUAUGGGGUCCACCAGGGACUGGUAAAACAAAGACAGUUGCAUGUUUGUUAUUUUCUUUGCUUAAGUUAAAAACAAGAACCUUAACAUGUGCACCUACUAAUACUGCGAUUUUGCAAGUUGCGACGAGGUUGCAUACUUUAGUUAUGGAUUCACUUGAGCAUGAUACAUAUGGUUUAGGUGACAUUGUUCUCUUUGGAAAUGGGAAGAGAAUGAAGUUAGAUUCUUAUCCUGGUCUUGGCGAUAUCUUUCUUGAUUAUCGCGUAAAGAAUCUAAUGCAGUGCUUUGCUCCAUUUACGGGAUGGAAGCAUACCUUAGAAUCAAUUACUCAGUUUCUUCAUGAUCCUCGAAAACAAUAUUUUUUAGAGUAUGAUCAUAAGACUCUUGAGGAAUUUGUUAGUGAAAAACAUAGCCAUGUUUUAUCGGGAUAUAAUGCUUACAAGCGAAUCAGUCAGAUGACAUUUGAGGAAUAUGUGCAGACGGUAUGGAAGGGCAUAGAAGAUGAAUACCUAUCUGAUGAGAAGGAAAAAAUUGAAAAUAUCAUGACUUUGGAGCAGUUCGUAAAGAAGAGAUUUCGCGAACUAAGUGAGAAGCUCAAGUUUUUGAUUCAGGCUUUAUACACUCACUUGCCGAAAUCUUUCAUUUCACUUUCAAUUGUGAAAGAAAUGUUUAAAGCUCUAGAAUCGCUAAAGUCUAUUGGAAUUUCGUUGUUUCUAGCCAAUUUCAAGCAAAGUGAUGAUGGUUUUGAAAAAGAAAGCAUCCCUUCUUGCUUCCUACCAUCAGACAUUGAAGUAGAUAAGUUCCUGAGAAUACUCCGUUUGCUUUCCAGUGCAAUUUUGCUUCCGGAACUCAAUGGGAGAGUUCAGAUAGAAAAGUUUUGCUUGUCCAAUGCAUCUCUCAUUCUGUGCACAGUAUCCAGUUCUAUUAAAUUGUACACUGAAGGAAUGAAUCAAGUUAAGUUUUUAGUUAUUGAUGAAGCUGCGCAGCUAAAGGAAUGUGAAUCCACAAUUCCGUUACAACUACCAGGGCUGCAGCAUUGUAUUCUUAUAGGUGAUGAGAAACAACUUCCAGCUCUGGUUAAAAGCAAGAUUGCUGACGAUUGUGGAUUUGGAAGAAGUUUGUUUGAGAGACUGGUAAUAUUAGGAUACCAGAAACAUAUGCUUAAUGUUCAAUAUAGAAUGCACCCGUCGAUAAGCUCGUUUCCCUGCCAAGAAUUCUACGAUCAGAAGAUUUCUGAUGCCUCUUUUGUUAUGGAAGAAAGCUACAAUAAGUGUUUCCUUAAAGGAGAAUUGUAUGCUUCUUAUUCGUUUAUAAACGUCGCUAAGGGUAAGGAAAAAGCCGGCCGAGGACACAGUUUGAUGAACACGGUCGAGGUUGCUGUUAUUUCUGAGAUGAUUAAAAACCUCAAAGAAGAGUUUGUGAGGACAAAGAAGAAAGUUAGCAUUGGAAUCAUAUCACCAUAUAAUGCUCAAGUGUUUGAAAUUCAAGACAAAAUAAAGGAGUAUACUUCUGUUUCUGAUACUGGUUUCUCUGUAAGUGUUCGUUCAAUUGACGGUUUUCAAGGCGGAGAGGAAGAUAUUAUAAUUAUGUCUACUGUGAGAGCUAAUGGGAGUGGAAAAGUUGGUUUUCUUUCAAACCGGCAAAGAACAAAUGUUGCCAUGACGAGAGCGAGAUAUUGUUUAUGGAUAUUAGGAAAUGCAUCUACUUUAGCAAGUAGUGACUCUAUUUGGAGUAAGCUAAUUGUUGAUGCAAAGAGAAGAAAUUGUUACCAUAAUGCCGAGGAAGACGAGAAAUUGGCCCGGGUUAUCGACAAUGUUGUAUUCGAACUUGAAAUACUUGGAGAAUCUGAGUCGAAGUUUAAGAAUCUCAGUCUGUGUGAAAAUUCAGAAACUGGUUCUAGUUUCUCUAGGGGAAGGAAACCUUGGGGGCCAAGUAUUAAGCUUGCGAAUCAAUUGCGGGGUGUUCGGUCACUAAGGAAGGACAUUGAAUCCCUGUUGUGA